GGCCUUUCUAUCGACCCAUUCCCAUAACCAUGCUGAUAAAAGGUGUCGUUGGCCUGACAGUACUUGCCAGUACGGCCCUUGCAUCCAAUUUCUUUGUACAUGAAGAUGUUCUCGCGCACCCCAUGUAUAGCAUCUCACUUGGGCAAAAUCCAAUCUCGAAUUCAACAGCCCAACAGCUUUUGAAGGCCGAAUUCACCGAUCAAUCCGAACUUCCAAAUCCCUCGCAGCAACUUCAACGCAUCUUCAAAUCAGAAGACGCUCACACUCAUCUUGUGAUGAAAAGUAAGCUGGGACAGUCCUAUCUCUGUCAGAUUCCGAUCAUCCAAAGUGAUACGAGCGACACAAGCAAAGAGGAAAGUGAAAUCAAGAUCAGUGACGCAGAACGCAAGAAGCGCGGCCUACAGCUUUUGGCACCCUUAUACAAUCAAUGCAUCUACGCUUGGCCAAGGUCAUACUGGGCUUACGAGUAUUGCCAUUUACAGCAUAUUAAGCAAUUCCAUGCACCACCUAAUUCACAAGGCCAUGUCUUUCCACCGGGAAGUGAUCCAGAAAACAAGCAAUUCGUUGGCGGAAUAGAAUAUGUUUUAGGAAGAUUCAAUGGAGACAAGAAGAUUCCAUCUUCAGAAGUAGCGGAAGCGAACAAUAAGGAAGUCUUAUUACAGACUGAAGUACACACCUUUGGGCAGCGCAGCUAUCUUUCUCAAAGAUGGUCAUUUGGUGAUAAAUGUGAUCUGACUGGGCGACCUAGAGAAGUGAACAUUCAGUUCCAUUGCAGUAUGCAAAACGAAGAUGAGAUUGUUUCUAUGCACGAAUUUGCAACAUGUGAAUACCAAAUGGUCAUUGCUACUCCGCGACUCUGCCAAGAUAUAGCCUUUGUUCCUCGGGCUAGGCAGGACAUUCAUCGCAUUCAAUGUGAUCCCAUCGUCUCCGACAGUCAAUACCAAGAGAUUGAGGCGGCUCAACCAGCCGACCCUUCGAAGAUGAACGAAGACGUUCAUAUUGUUGUGGACAAACAUGUUGAAAAAAAGUCAGAUUCCACCUCAGAUGAAGGUGCAACAUCCGAUGAGGGAGAUCUCCAGCAGACAAAGGCUGGCUGGGUGGACGAAAAUGAUUUGGACGGCUAUUCGGACGAUCUGGAAUCGAAAAUAGCCAGCCUCGAACAAGACAUGGUGGACUCGUUUGCUCAGCACGAUAAAAGUGACGAGGACAAGGCACCGAGAAUUCAUCUUCUUGACACCGAAUUCGUGAACGGCAUGACGCUUAAAGAUUUUAUGUCGAGCAAAAGCUUGGAGCAGCAACUAGAAGAGAUCACCAAGAUUCUCAUGGAAAAGAUUUCCGCCGACAAACCUUCUAUCGAACCUAAACAGCGCCAAUUUACUGCGCGUGUACAAGAGAACCUCAAGGCUUACAAGCAGAAGUUCAAGGACGAAGAAGAAGAAGAAGAAAUGAAUGACCAUCGGUCAUGAUGGAGAACAAUACCAAUGCAACGCUUGUAGAUAAAAAUAUAUAUAAAAAUGAAUCCUCCCAGAUGGAAUGGUCAGUGCUGUGACG